AUGGUGAGACUGUGGCCUAAGCACCAUAUCGUAGUGUAUGCUGCUUCCAAUUACGAUGCUAUUCUCGUAGCUCGAAUGACUAACAAUACCAUUCCGAAGAAAAUUGAAGCCGGUGUGGCUGGUGAUGCCAGGUCCAUACUGGGAGUUAGGAGCUGGAUGGCAGCUGCUCCAGUGGCCAAUGGAAGAGCUCAUCUACUUAUAAAAGCGAAGCCGUCUAAAUUAAACAUCUCAGAGAAUGAACAAAGGACUCUUAGGGAACUCUCUCAGAAUGUAAAGACCAGCCACUCGAAAGACCAAAAGCACCGGCUUGUAAGCCACUUUGCAACAGAUAAGACCGGCUUCUCGUUAACCAGGCUGACUCCAUCCCCUUCAUUUGCGUCUGAUUUCCAUGUCAGACGGGGCCCGGGAUCUGCAUGA